AUGGCUUCUUUACUACGCCAGAUUGUCGCAGGGCCUCGCGCCAGACACCCAGAGGCAGGAUUGGAUCUCUGCUACGUGACUGACAACAUCAUCGCAACAUCUGGUCCCUCUCAAACAUACCCCCAACGUGCCUACCGUAACCCGCUCGAUCGCCUCGUUGCAUUCCUCGAUUCGAAACAUGGAAAGAAUUGGGCUAUAUGGGAAUUCCGCGGUGAAGGUACCGGGUACCCAGAUGAGCUAGUAUAUAACCGAAUUAGACAUUAUCCAUGGCCCGAUCACCACCCACCUCCCUUCCGACUAGUACCUAUGAUAGUUGCGAGCAUGCGAAACUGGCUUAACGGAAACGAUCUUGAUGCCGAUGCGGUCGGAACAUCCGAGGAAAAGAAGAAUAUAGUUGGGAAGGUUCUAGAUAGUUGGAAGGAUAAAAAGGGUAAUCGCGUGGUAGUUGUACAUUGCAAGGCUGGGAAAGGCCGUAGCGGGACAAUGGCCUGUAGCUACCUUAUUGCUGAGUGUGGCUGGACACCAGAAGAGGCACUCGCACGAUUUACAGAGCGGAGGAUGCGACCGAAGUUCGGUGCCGGUGUAACAAUCCCGAGUCAGCUACGAUGGAUAGGAUACGUCGAUCGCUGGGCUAAGGGAGGGAAGAAAUACGUCGACCGGGAGUUAGAAAUCGUCGAAAUUCACGUCUGGGGCUUGCGCUCCGGCGUUAAGCUCUCGGUAGAAGGAUUCGUGGAUGGGGGUAGGAAGAUCAAGGUUUUCCACACGUUCACAAAAAAAGAGCGUCUGAUAGUUGAAGGUAACGCACCAGGUGAUAGCGGAGUUUUAGACAUGAUAUAUGACAUGGCUGGCUACGGAACCAACACCCCGGGCCAAGAGGUUCUUGACGAAGCAAAGAAAGCUGAUGAAAUACAAGAUACCUCUGGCCCGUCUACCGCGAAUACAUCUACACCGAAGAAACGACCAACUCCGAAGUUGAUAACUAAGAGCCUCCGAAGGUCUACCGAAUCGAAUCGCUCUACAAACAAUACACCGGAAAAUGGAAAUAAAUCGAAGACGGUAAGUACGGCGGACUCACCAUUAUCCCCAAAUAAGAACGAGGACGAGGCCGAAGCCGAGCCUGGUGGUAUGGCAGUCAUCUUCAAGCCACAAGAACCUAUUAAGAUACCUAAUAGCGAUGUAAACAUAUGUACUGAACGACGGAACCGCGCCCCUACAUCUAUGGGCUUUACUAUGGUUACAGCUGUGGCACAUGUAUGGUUCAACGCUUUCUUUGAAGGCAAUGGUCCCGAACAGGAUGGAAACCCAGAUUUAAAUGGGGUUUUUGAGCUUGACUGGGAUAAAAUGGACGGAAUCAAGGGAUCAAGCCAGAAAGGCACCCGUGCCGCUGAUAAGAUUGCCGUGGUUUGGAGGUCUGUUGUGCCAGAUGGAGAAGCGAAAAAGUCGGCAAUGCCUAGUGUCGACUCACCCGUGCCGCAGAUGCCAGCUGCGGAUUGGAAAGGUGGAAAUGACGAAGACCCCGACAAUGAGAGGCAUCUGGGUCUGCGUGUUCAGAGCCCUGAGAGUGCGGAUAUUAGCCAAGCCAGCAGCAUUAAGGGAGAAACGCUGAAUGAAGUCGAAACCAAGGGGAAAGAGAUUUCAGACGCUCUAGCAGCCGCAACAUCCGAUGGAAAGCGAGCGAACGAGAGUGAAUCGGAAAAUGAAGCGGAACAAACCAAGGGAGCAAUUAAAGGGAAACAAAGCAACGAUGAAAAGCUUGAAGCAUACGCACAUAAAUUACCCAACCCUGAUGGCAAUACGAAAUAAUACAUAGAAACAUGAUGAAAUAUCGUCAUUUCUUACGAUUAAUGAACAUCACAUAUAGGACAGUAACCGGGCUUUGAAGAAGCAAUGAUGCACGUAGUCAUAUAAGAACAUAUGCAGAGCAAGUUUGACGUUGAGGAGCGAUCAUCCUCACAUUCCGCCCGAUGGGAUCGCUUCCACAGUAACUAUCAAAAUUUAUGGCUUCAUUCUUAUAAAUCAGAGGUGAACUAUUUAUUAGGGGUCUUGUUCGACACUCCAACGAUCGUCAAAACGAAUUUAUCGUAUAACAAUUCAAGGAAGUGAU